AUGGCGCAUCUCCCAGCGGCCGUGCGCCUGCUUAUGCAGAAGCGUGCGGCACAGGCUGGGAGUGGCGAGGCCGAGCCACCGGCAAAGAGGCUGCGUGCAGACUUGCCGGUGCCAUUCUCGACUCCGCCUUCGCAGCCCGCUGCAGGGCGACCGCCGUCCAUGGCAGCCGCCUUGCGUGCCGCGCCUGCCCCGCGGCCUGCGGUCGUCGUUCCGAAGGCGACGCCUGCUGCUGCUGCAGCACUACAGAUGAACGCGGCGGCAUUAGCCUCCGCCACAGCUGCAGCAAUGCGCCCCGCCGUUGCCCCGCAGCCACAUCGCAGCCACGAAGAGGUGAAGAAGGCCUUGACUGCCCUUCACUGCAAGAUGGAGAAGGAUGCAUCUCCACGCGAGCUUCUUCUUCAGUUGCAAGAAGUGGAAGGGCAUGUCAAGAGAGCGGAAGCCACCAAGUCGCUCCCAAAACGCCACGACCAGGCCAUCAUCGCCUGCUUCAAGGAUGGCUACACCCCCGGGACUGAGGGUCUCGUAAAGAUGCUCGAAAGCGGCAUCGAUCCGGACACACCAUCCACAGGAUUCAUGAGUGGCUUCGCCCCCGGCAUGACGCCGCUCCUCGCCGCCGCCUCCUGGGGGAAGGUUGAUGAGGCUCGCAUUCUCUUGGCCGCCGGCGCAGACGUCCGGGCGAAGUCGCCCAACAUCAACCACACAGUACUCCAUAUGGCCGCCGGCGGUAACGUUGAUGGCUGGGGCCUGGAAAAGACCCACAACAUGCUUCGGCUAAUUCUCGAAGCCGAACCAGCGCUUCUCACGGCCAGGAACGGCAUGAACAAGACGGCGGCCGAGUGGGCGAAGCAUGAGAAGAAGCGGCAGUCUGCCCAAUUUCUUUCUCACUACGCCACCAUGAACCCUGGCCUGAGCGGCAGAUGA